UGUUUAUCGCCACAACGUAAAGAGCUCAGUCGGUGAGCAGUGUGUGUGGUGGGCGGACGUAGAGAGGUUGAAGUUUGGCAGUGCUUGCGAGAUCUGUGUAGCGACAGAGUUCCUCGGCGAACUGUCGUGUGUUGGUAGCAGUCUUCUGGCUGGAGAAGAGGCUUUUCCGACGCAGGUCUGUCAGCACACAGGUGGCAGGCGCACCAGCUGGGAGGAGGGGGCGGAGAAAGGUAGCAGAGAGCCGAUCGCAGGAGCCUGGUUUUAAGACAGCGGGAACCGGUUUGGCGGCUGCCCAAUCAUCGCGCGCUGCACUCGAAGCACAACCGGCCGCCGCGACAGAUGACUUAUAACGGCGAAGGAUGCACCAGCCGCGACUCCGCAAGUGGGUCAGUUAGCAGAAGCGAAUAGCCGAGAGGAGAGGCGGGAUAAAGUGGACCUGUCCCGGUUAGUGGAAUAGCUGCGCGCGCGCCGGCGGCGAACAGCGAAGCAAAGGCGGUCGCGGAGAGAGCCUUCGAGGCGCGCCGCUAGUUGCCCAUUCGCCGAGGUCGGCGGCUGCUUGUUAUUGUGUCGUGUUAAGUGCGUGGCAGCGCCGGCGGGAGGUGCCAAGUGUUUACCUUCGCCGGCCACGUAACUCUCUGCGUAGUUGGCAGAAGCUGUGUCGGAGUGGACAGCGGUGUUUCUGUCGAGUGUGUUCCGGAGGAGCUGACAAUGUGAUGCGGUGAACGGGCGUCCGCGCAAAGUGUUGGUGGUUAUGUCGCCGGGCGUGCAGAGAUAAGUGCCAUGUGCGGCGGUGCUGCCGGAUAACUUCCGUGGUGCGUAUCGCCAGCGCAGGCGGUGUCAAGGAAUAUGGGGGCCAACAUGGGCAAGAACUCAUCCCUUUUGGACGCCCUGCCCUCGACGCAGGGCACGUUGCACGUCGUAAUGCUGGGAUUGGACAGCGCGGGCAAGACGACGGCGUUGUACCGAUUAAAGUUCGACCAGUACCUGAACACGGUGCCGACGAUCGGCUUUAACUGCGAGAAGGUGAAGGGCACGACGGGGCGCGCCAAGGGCGUCAGCUUCCUCGUGUGGGACGUGGGCGGCCAGGAGAAGCUGCGCCCGCUCUGGCGCAGCUACACGCGCUGCACCGACGGCAUCGUCUUCGUGCUCGACUCGGUCGACGUCGAGCGCCUCGAGGAGGCAAAGAUGGAGCUGGCGCGCACGGCCAAGGCGCCAGACAACGCUGGAGUGCCCGUGCUAGUGCUGGCCAACAAGCAGGACCUGCCGGGCGCGCGAGAACCGCGCGAGAUCGAGAAGCUGCUCGGCCUGCACGAGCUGGCCGCCUCCACGUCGUGGCACGUGCAGCCCGCGUGCGCCAUCACCGGCGAGGGCCUGCACGAGGGCAUGGAGGCGCUCUACGAGAUGAUCCUCAAGCGCCGCAAGCUCGCCAAGCAGGCCAAGACGCGCAAGAGAUAGGAAGACUGCCGUGCCGACCGCCAUUCACGUUUCCCCCGUGCCCACCCCACCCCUCCCCGUCCCUGUUUGCUAGCGUUAUUACUGUUCUCCCUCUGUCCUUCGCACUUGUUAUCCCGUUCCUCCUUCGUGAGACGCUUAGUAAACGGUUGCCACCCCCCACGCUGAAAGGUGCGCGUAAUUCAUUGUAUAGUCGACAAUGGUCACAAGUCCCAUACUUAAACUGUCAUGAGUAGUCCAUCUCAUAUGCACGCAUUGAUAACACUUCUUGUGAGAAUUUGAGCCACUUGCUUGUACUGCCCCAACACACUGUUUUACAACUCCCAAACAAGUUGUGAUUAAUAAACAGGUACAUAGAUAAAAAUCAAAAACACACUAAUAAGCAUGUGCCUGAACUGAAUGUGCUUCAAUCUAUUUAUUGGUGUCAAAUUUCUGCCUCAGUUUCUUUUUUCUGCCUUGAGUGUGCUAUUUAUCAGCAUUACACUUGGGCCUAAACAAAACGGCUCAUAUGUUCCUAGGAAAACAGCUGCAAAUUAUUCAUAUGUUGUGUUUAUUACAUCAGUGCAACAAAUUGAUCUGUUCUGUGUAAAUUUGCAAACGAAACAUUGAGGUUAGUUUCAGUGCAGUAAUUGCCACAGAAUGUUUUAUGACUUUCAAUGACUGUAUGCCUCUAUAUAAUUUCAUUGUAGAGGCACUUAUAACUGGAAUCUCUUAGCACAGACUGAUUCUGUCUCAACAUUUUGCACUGCUUCAUUUCUGGAACUGAUUCAUAGUUAAGUACCAAACAGCUUGCUCAAACUUACCCCAUAUGUCAGUGUGAAGUGGCUCAGAACUUUUGUCCAGUUUGUGUUUAAAUAAAAUGGUGACAGUUGCUUAUUGCUAUGCAUCAUUUUGUGUUUGUGUGGAAGUGUUCUUAUUUGCAGAUAGAGGGCUGUAGUACAGAUGAGUCACUUGGCAGUUACAACCUAUCUAGUGUCACCGGUAAAUAAGGAAAAUGCAGAAUGUAGUGUUAUGUAAAUACAAAUAGUUCAGCUCAUCUUUCAAUGUUGGGAGCAGCAUGAAAUAUUUUAAGUGUGGCAGUGGCUCAAAAAAGUUAUCAGGAUAUCUUAGUCAGUACCCUUGUACAUAGUCUGUAAAUUCAGUGGGAGUGGCAGCCAAAUUGUGAGAAAAGUACUGAAAUUUGUAUUUAUGGUAUGCAUGUUGCAUAGUGGAAAACAAGUUUUCGUUAUCAGCUCACUGCUUGGCAGUACAAAAUGAGCAAUAGAGCUAUACAUAUAAAUAGAUAAUUAUUGAUAAUAUACUGUGUUAAAUGAGUACAUAAUUUGUUCCUAUUUUCUGGAAUUUGUUGCUUACCAACAGGAGGCAACUGGGUCCUCUGUUAUUAGGGUUGCCAAGUUUUCAUUUGCCAAUUAAUUUCUCCCAAGUAGAAUAUGGUCUAUAAAUUGGUGCUCCACAAUUGAUUUCAAAAUUACCUGUUUUCAGGAGAUACUUCUAGAGAUACAAAAUUUGAUACUUAAUAUGCAGUUGAAAUGUGGCUGAAAAAGAGGUGACAAUAGAUAAGCACAAAUGAAAUUUAAUUUCAAUAAAAGAAUGUUUAGUCAUGCAGCAAAAUUUACAUUGUGCCUUUAGGGAGAGAUCUAUUCUCAGAAGUAACAAAUUUUAUAUUUCAGCUAAUCAAAAUACAAACAUCAUUAUUGUAGAAAUUUUGAGCUGCUUUAGAAAUAAUUCAUACUAAACUCUCUCAAUUCUUAUGGCAACUCUGUUGUAAAAGACUUAACUUUUAAAUGUAACUUCUAAUUAUAAUUUUUGAACUGGUUUCCCAUGUCUGUAAAUGAUGAAUGUUUUGUGUUUCAGUACAGAAAUACUCAAAUAUGUUGAGAGUAUGUUGUGUACAUCGGUGUUAUAUUAUUGAAUGAAUGUGUGUGUAUGGUGUUAAUGAUUAUUCACAUAGCUACUGAAACCAAAGGUGCUUUCAUUCAAACUAUACUUUUGUGUAAAUGCAAGACAUUGUUCACAUGUUUGCUUAAGUACACACAAAAUUUUAUAAACCUGUCUGUUUUGCUUACCACUCAGGUAUUAAAAAUCAACAUUACACAAUCCUGAAAUUGUUCAAUAUUUCUCAUUGGGUGCAUUUUAUAUGGACUGUUUUUGUUGUAUAAAUCUUCAGAAGGCAUCAAUGAGUGCCUGUGUUUGGAAAGUGUCUAAGUUUAUACAUGAUGAAAUGUCAUGAAAAGGAAAAUUGUGCAUAAGCAUAAGCACACUGCUUUCAAUAGUAUUAUGCUUAUGUACAGUUUAGAUGGAUCACAUUCUCUGAAAAAAUGAGUUUUCCAUGAAGAGUGGGAAUCUCAAAUGUAAGAAUUUCUUUUGUAUAUUUGCAAUACUUGUGCGACAUAAAAUAGGCAUCAGAUGUACUGGGCCAAAUGCUUGGUAGUGUGUACAUAUCAAAACUUCAGAACUGUACAGUUUUGCAUUACUUAAUUUACAGAAUUUUCAACUUUCCAAUGAUGUGAUUCAUUUAGUUUUUUCCUUGUGAUUUGCUCACAAUUAUGCAAAGAAAAGAACUGCAUUCUAAAAGAAUCAGCUUUUAUAAUGGAAGCAAAAUGUUUUGUAAAAAGGUGAUUUUUUAUUUACUAAAAAGCCAAAGAAAUAUAUUUAUAAUUUUGCUGUAAAAUGGUGCGUGAUGAUGAAUGUGCAAUUUUUUAAACUGUAAAGUCAUAGAC